AUGCAGCUCCUCUGGUACGGUUCCCAAUUUGUCGUUGUACAAGCUGAGGACUACGUGACUCUGCCUUACUACGCCGAUGUGAUGGCGUUAAACUUGAGCCACCCCCAUUUGAUUGUCUAUGGCGAUGGCCUCCGCAAACCGGCGGAUCGCUUCCUCGAUGACCUGGGAAUUCCGUAUGAGCAAGAGCCCUCCAACCCGAACCUGGUAGUGAUCGAGCACGCGGCGCUCUUCACUUCAACCUUGCUCUCCAAAGUCCUCUCAUUCCCGAACAUCAAGCUGAAAUUGCUCGCCCCGGAGGAUGGGGCUAGCUUGAUACUUCUGGGCUUCAGCGUGAAAUUCAUCAAGUUGCUUGUUCAGUUCCAUCUAUAUCCUGAUGAAGAUCUACCCAGAGCUAGAGCAUGGUGCUGGUUUCUAUCCACACCCUCCAACGACCUUGGCUAUAAAACGAUUGCUACAGAAGUCCAUGAUGAAAGUUAUUUGCAAUUUAGGAGUGUUCCGCUCAAUGAUUGCAUACGCUACUCGCUUGGAUACUCUAGGCCAUUGUUGAAUGGUUUUUCUAGCAGCAUGAACAACUCUCCAGUUAUCUCAAAGACAUUUUUGAUGCAUUCCCCGAUGAAGCGUUCGAGUACGUUGAAGUCGAAAGAGAACUCCGUUCGGGCAAACCGUUUGCUCAUCAAGCUCUUUGUGUCCUGUUUGAAAGCCCACGGAAUUGUACAGUCGAACGACGCUCCAAUGUCAACACAUCAACUAGUACAAUUUCUCACUAUUCCCAUCCAAAAUUUGUUUAGCCCACAGAGGCAUCUAACGUAUAUUUCAAAAAUUCUGCCGGUAUUGGAAAUUCGCUUUAAACGCAAGUACCAUCAAGGAUCAGAUGUCGGCUGGGUUAAUCCUUUGAGCCCGAAUGCCCAUUGCUGGAUGAAUUUCUUGAAGAUGCUUCGGCUGAUGCUCUGGCGGUAA